UAUAAAUAUAUAUCCAUCCUUCCCCUCUCCAUAGCAUUCUUAUUUACAACUUUGUCUCUCUUAUCAAAAUUCAAAACACACAAGAAGCGUGGAAGGAGCUUUGACGAGCCAUGAGCCAAUACGAUCAACAUCAACAACCUGCUGCAUAUCCGGAGCCACCAACUUCAUACCCUCCUCCGCCAGCAUACGUGAUGGCGCCUCCACCAAUGGGAUAUCCGACUAGGGACGACAACCACCAAGAUCAUGCCACCAUCCAGACCACAAGCAGAGGCGGCGGCUUCUUCAAAGGAUGUUUGGCCGGACUCUGUUGUUGCUGGUGCCUUGAUUGUUGUUUCUGAUCACUCUCAUUAUUCAUUUAUUCAUACAUUGUUUGAUUGAUUGGUAUAUGUAUCCUAUAAUUUACAUGUAUUCUUAAAUAAA